AUGUCUCUGAACUACGGCUACCUCUUCUCAACAAAACUGGUCGCCGAAGACUUCGGCAGGUACGACAACUUCGCCCAAGACAAGAAGGCCUUCGAGUCCAUUCCCAACGUCAACAUUUCAAGGUCGAUGGUCUCUGAUAUGGCACAUGUUGAUGUUCCUGAGAUACUCCUUAUCAACAAGCGCAAGCCCCGUGCAAAGAUCUGGCUAAGGUAG